AUGGGACGCAAAAGUGAGAGACUAGCUCUAAAGAAUUGCCAGGAAGUCUUUAGAUGGGAUCAGUGGAAUUGCCCGACGGAGGAUUUCUUCCUUAAGAAGUCUUCCAAUUCUUUGGACAGAGAAGGAGCUUUUGUAAAGGCCAUAACUGUGGCAGCUGUAAUCUACACUUCGAUCAAAAAUUGUUCAGCGAAUUUUAUGGAAUAUAUCGCUGGAAAUAUCCGGAAAAUGUAUGAUCAUGGUAUUAAAGUGUCUUUUGAUAACACCGGACGUGUUAAGAGGAACAUCAAAAGUGAAUCGCUGGUAUAUCUGGAAAAUUCUCCAAACUACUGUCGAGAAAAUGUAACAGAGGGAUGGCCAGGAAUGCGUGGUAGGCAGUGUUCCAGGCGCAAGAAAGAUGCUUCGUCUCUGCAGGAAAGACGAUCCUGCCGGAAAUUGUGUCGUGCAUGUGGACUUAAAGUAAAAAAGAAGCAGGGGAUUAAACAGAAUUUGUGCAAGUGUAAAUUUUUCUGGUGCUGCGAUGUUCAAUGCGAGACAUGCCAAGAAGUUAUUAAUGAGUACUUUUGCUACUAA